AUGCGUGAUUUCCUCUUGGAAGAACUGGUGCCAAUGGGUCCAUUACUUACACCGUCAGACAUGCAGGUGGGCAUACCUGCAUUCCAGCUGUUGGAACUUGACCAGGAGCUCCUUGACAUAGCAUCAUCAGAGCCAGAGGAAAUGAACGUUGAUAAUGAUGAGCAACACCUGCCCUUUCUGAAUAUUGCAUUCCAUUUCUCCAAAGAGUAUCAAUAUCUGGAACCUCCUGGUGAAGAACCCCCAGAACAGCUGCUGGCUGAAUUCAAGGUGCCUGAGGAAACCCAGAAGUCCCCAGAAAACCAGGACCAAUGGGAGAUGCCAGGGACCUCCAAGGAAGCACAGGGGUCUCUCCACCCUAGAGCCCCCCCACAGGCUCGUCCCUAUGUGAGGCCUUUCUCCCCUGAGCAGUUAGGGCUGUGUUCUGCUCACCAGCAGCAAUAUAAUAGGCGUGUGGGAAGUCGUGCAGGAAGGGUGGCGAGAGAGGGCCCCAGAAAUAGGGCAGGGCCCUCCUGUGGCUCAGACCGCUAUGGAAGCCAGUUCAUUUCCCAGGAGGAGGAUACCCAUGAGCAUGCUGUGUGUAGCAAUUCAUUUAGUCAGGCAGCAACUGUUAGCAGCCCACAGGCAGCCUAUUUUGACGAAGAAAGGCAGCAAUGUAGGCUGUGUAAGAGGGAGUUUAUGUACAAGUUGGGCCUGAAGGAACAUGUGAGAGCUCAGGUAGUUUCCAGGCCUUACCUGUGCCCCUACUGUGGGAAAUCCUUUAGAGGGCAGUCCCACGUUAUUGCACACCAAGUGAGACACACUGAAGAGAGACCAUUUGUCUGCCAAUACUGUCAGAAAAGCUAUAAGCACAAAUCCAGUCUGCUGAGACACUUGAAAAUCCACAAGAGGGAGGAUGAAGAGAAGGAAGGCCAGGGUUCUCUGAGCCCCAUGCACAACACAGACUAA